CAGACGCGCAGACGCGCAGACACAUCUACCACGCACCUCGCACACCGAAAGCAUGGUAAAAACGGUGGGAAAGUAUCAAGUAGGGCGUACUAUUGGAGAGGGGACCUUUGGAAAGGUCAAACUCGCGAUCAACACCGAGAAUGGAGAGAAGAUGGCCAUCAAGGUGCUGGACAAGUCGAUCAUCCAAAGACAAAACAUGGGGGCGCAAGUGAAGCGGGAGAUUUCCAUCAUGAAACUUGUCCGUCAUCCGUACGUGGUUCAGCUGAAAGAGGUGUUGGCUUCCUCAUCAAAGAUCUUCCUAGUUUGUGAACUCAUCACGGGAGGCGAACUGUUCGACAAAAUCGUCGAAAAACAGCGAUUCACGGAGGACGAGGCGCGAUUCUACUUCAGGCAGCUUCUGGAGGGCAUGGAGUAUUGCCACUCUCAGGGAGUUUGCCACCGCGAUCUGAAACCGGAAAAUAUUCUUCUCGAUGGUGCUGGGAAUGUGAAAAUUUCCGACUUUGGGCUCUCGAACCUGUACAGCGGGGGCGAUGACGAGGCACUAAAGCUGCUGCACACUACAUGUGGGACGCCCAACUACGUAGCGCCCGAGGUUUUAGCGGACAAGGGCUACGACGGGCGAAUGGCGGACGUUUGGUCCAUGGGCGUAAUCCUGUACGUACUGCUUGCCGGGUUCCUCCCUUUCGAUGAGCCGUCCAUGUCCACCUUGUUCAGCAAGAUCCAGGCUGCAGACUUCUCUUACCCCAGGUGGUUUUCUCCGGAGGCUCGAUCAGUCAUCGAUCGCAUCCUGGUGCCUGACCCCAAGCAGCGACUGACCCUGGCGCAGAUGAAGGCUCACCCGUUCUGGGAAGCUGGUACUGCAGUGGAGAUUUCAUCGUCAACGCCGGAUGUCAUCGUGCCUACGGAGGCUGAAGUCGACUCUGCCGUCCAGGAGGGAGUGGAGCCAGAGAAAACGGAGCAGUCGGGCACCAUCGAGCCACCGUCGGUAGGGGACAUGGAGCACUCAUCCACCCGCAGAGGGUCUGUCCGCCUCAACACGUUCGAAACCAUGCUGGAUCCCGCGGAAAUUGUCAGCACGCUCACCACGGCGCUGCAGGAGAUGGGGUGCGAGCUCCGCGUCUUCGAAGCGUCCAACAAGAUCAAAGCAUGCCUCAUGACCGCCAAGGGCAUGAUCGGAGUGGUUUUGCAGGUGUAUUUGUCGGACGGAGCGGGUUCGCCGAGCAUGGUGGAGGUCCGCCGGGGAAAGGGCGACAACCUGGAAUUCUCAAAGUUCUGCAAGGAACUCAUGGAGACAAAGCUCACGGACGUGGUUCACAAGACUACUGUUGACAAUGUUGGGGAACCCGUGGCUGCUGCCUGAACGAAUGUAUACAAAGGUUGCCGCAGCAACAGGUUCCGAAUGAAGUAUCUAGCGGAAGAGAAUAAAACGACCUUCGAUAUAGGGUGUAGUGCCGGAGCGCGCCGUACAGAAAUGGAACGGACAGGGCCGGUGUGUUUACAUGUGGUAUGACAUGCAUGUCAUAUGGAAGAGGGCACAGCUGUGAGGUGCUCAACACUAGAAGUACAGCCGGGUUGGUACAGUCAAUAGCUCGAUGUUUUCAAGUGGCAAGCUCGAAAGAGGAUCGGAGGAAACACAGUAAAAAGCUUUUGCUGGCCUUUCCACAGCAGUAGUGGUAGAGGUUUCGUGUUUCUGCAACACCCCCGCGUCCCUCCUUGGACGCGCGUUGUUGACUCCUGUCCCGACCCGACGGUGUCGUGCGUGAUGUUGUGGAGGUAGCGUAAAUUUCCGUGGGAACUGUGCGACUUACACAUGCCAGUACCACACUUUGAUGUCAUGUUUGUGUACGAUUAAAUUGUAGCGCCUUGUAAGAGGGUAGUAGACCAGUAAUAGUACUGUCUUGUGUACAGAAUUGCCCCAUGAGAGGCAAGACGGCACAUCCGCUGUUUCUUACCAGGGACACGGAUAAAAGUAGAGAAAGGGUGCCCGCCGCCCAUGCGCUUCUCAUUAAGGUAUCCGCGAGGAGUGUGAGGGAUUGACUACGAGUGGAAAUAGAGUACACAUGUACUCGUCACAUGUUUGAAAUGAAAACAGCGAAAUUAAUC